UACUUAAAAAUGUCAUUAUAUCAAAUACUGUCAGUUUCGUAGAAAAAAUGGCGUAUUUAUAAAUUUCCAAUUUGACAUUUAUAAUUAUUGGUACAACAGAUUGCUUGAUAUUUUAAAACAUUUUGACUAAUAAUCGACAAUUUUAAAAUACCGCAUGCUGCACGUUUUCUUGGUGUUGCUUUAGUUCACGUAUAAUUAAUUAGUUUACAUGUACUAAGAAUCAUAUCGAACUAAAACUAUUUCUAUGGCUGCAUACAUAAAUCGGACAUUAUCGUUGAUGUCGGGUGAUGGGCCUCAUAAUCGACCUCCGAUGCCAAAUGUUAUACCAUCGUUACGCAAUUCACAUGAUGCAUCACCAUUACAGAUAUUCGUAAAAGCGAAAAAGAAAAUUAAUGAUGUUUUUGUGGAUAUUGAAGAUUAUGUUAAAGAUACAGUUGCGUAUAUGCAUGCACUGGAGGAUAAAAAAAUUAUUGUUGAACAAGAUAGUAUAAAAGAUGUAGAAGCUUUCAUGUUAAAAGUGAAAGGUAUUCGUGAUGUAUUAACUCGGGAUCACAUGAAAGUAGCAUUUUUUGGACGAACAAGCAAUGGUAAAAGUACUGUCAUUAAUGCUAUGUUACGUGACAAAAUAUUACCAUCAGGCAUUGGACAUACAACAAAUUGUUUUCUUCAAGUGGAAGGAUCCGAUACACAAGAAGCAUAUUUAGUUACAGAGGAUAACACAGAAAAACAAAAUGUUAAGUCUGUAGGUCAACUUGCUCACGCACUUUGUAAAGAAAAGCUAAAUGAAAGUGAAUUAGUUCGAGUUUAUUGGCCCAGAGAUAAGUGUUUAUUGUUACGAGAUGAUGUUGUGUUUGUUGAUUCGCCAGGAGUUGACGUUACACCAAAUCUUGAUGAAUGGAUUGAUAAGCAUUGUUUAGAUGCUGAUGUUUUCGUUUUAGUUGCUAAUGCUGAAUCAACUUUAAUGGUUACUGAAAAAAAUUUCUUUCAUAAAGUAUCAACAAAAUUAUCGAAACCCAAUAUAUUUAUUCUAAAUAAUCGAUGGGAUGCAUCUGCGUCUGAACCUGAAUACUUAGAUCAGCAGCUGGCAAAUGAACAGGAAGAGGUCCGUAGACAACAUCAAGAACGAGCUAUUGACUUUUUAGUUCGAGAACUAAAAGUGUAUACAGCAAAAGAAGCAGAAGAUCGUAUAUUUUUCAUUUCGGCUAAAGAAGCAUUACAAGCUCGACUUCAAGAACAAGGGCAAGGAUCACAUACACCAUUGGUUGAAGGAUUUCAAACACGAUAUUUUGAAUUUCAAGAUUUCGAACGAAAAUUUGAAGAGUGUAUUUCAAAAAGUGCGGUCAAAACUAAAUUUGAACAACAUUCACAACGUGGAAAACACAUUGCUUCAGAAAUUCGUUCAAUUUUGGAUAAAAUAUAUGAAUCUGCACAACGUAUGAAAGAAGACAAAUUAAGUGAUAAAAAACAAGUUCACGAUAAAUUAAAUUACACUGAACAACAAUUAAUAUUAGUUACACAUGAAAUGAAAGAUAAAAUACGACAUAUGGUCGAAGAUGUUGAGCAACGUGUUUCAACUGCAUUAAGCGAAGAAAUACGACGUUUAUCAUCUUUAGUGGAUGAAUUUAGUUUACCAUUUCAUACUGAGCCAUUAGUUUUAAAUGUUUACAAAAAAGAAUUACACUUACAUGUUGAAAAUGGUUUAGGCUCAAAUUUACGGGCUCGUUUAUCAACAGCGCUUGCAUUAAAUAUCGAAAGCAGUCAACGUGAAAUGUAUGAUCGUAUGGAAAAAUUGUUACCCGAAGAAAAACGUCGUGUUAUGAUUACAGUAUUACCUAGACGUGAACCAUUCGAAAUAUUAUAUCGAUUAAAUUGUGACAAUUUAUGUGCUGAUUUUCAUGAAGAUUUAGAAUUUAAAUUUUCUUGGGGUAUUAUGGCAUUAAUACAGAGAUUUGUUGGCAGCAAUAAAAAAUCUAAAAAACAACUUAAUUAUUUAAAUAAUCGUCCAUAUAAUUAUAAUCCAAAUACAUCUAUUCCUAUGUCUCCUACUGAUUAUGAAUUUAAUACAUCCUCAACGAAUAGCAGUUUAAUAGGUUCAAUAAAUGCUGAUGAUUGGUCAUUCCUUUCUCGUGUGGCAUUAGCGUCAAUGGGUUCACAAGGUACCAUCGGUGGAUUACUUCUAGCUGGUUUUAUGUUUAAAACUGUUGGCUGGAGAGUAAUUGCUGUUACUGGUGCCGUUUAUGGAGCUUUAUAUUUAUAUGAACGACUUACAUGGACAAACAAAGCAAAAGAAAAACAAUUUAAACGACAAUAUGUGCAACAUGCAACGAAAAAAUUACGAUUAAUCGUCGAUUUAACAUCAGCGAAUUGUAGUCAUCAAGUUCAACAAGAGUUAUCGAGUACAUUCGCACGAUUAUGUCAUUUAGUUGAUGAAGCAACCGGUGAAAUGGAUGUUCGUUUAAAAGACCUUGAAAUUGAAAUACGGUCAUUAGAAGAAGCUGCUGGUAGUGCAAAAGUUUUACGAAAUAAAGCAAAUUAUUUAUCCAAUGAAUUAGAUUUAUUUGAAGAUGCGUAUUUACGUUCACAACAUUAAGAUAUUAGGUUUUUAUUAUUGAUUAUGUAGUAUGUUUAGCAAAGAUAUUAAUGUAUAUAAUAAUAAUGUAUCUGCAACACACACCAUACAAACCAACUGUAAAGAAAUUAAUAUAUAAUUUAAUUAAAAAAAAAAAAAAACGUUGAAAAGUGACAAAAAAUAUUUUAUAUGUAUACAAUAUCAUAAAUUUAAACUAGUUGUGUUGUGUAUUUAGUUUAUAUUUAUUUGGAAAUAAAGUGCAAUGAUUUAAUCGUUUAAAAUCUGUUUAAAUCGAUGUGUUUGAUGAUUUCAUUAAAAAGUUUAUUGUGCAGUUAUUUUAUUUAACUAAUUACAAAAUCAUUUUUUAAAUGCCACUUAACAUGACAAACGAUGCACAAUGAAAAAUAAUAAUGAACUGUACAACUGUAUAGUUGAAACACAUAGAACUUUUUUCCAUAGUGGACAAUUAACCAUCUCUGAAAUUGUAAUGUGUACAUGUAAUAAUAUUUUAAAAAAUCCUAGAAGCCUCUAAGACAAUGUAGAAUCAUGAUCAAAAGUAACUACAACUAUAGACGGUAAAUUAUUUGUUAUUAUUAUCACAUUAAGGGAAUUUUUAAAUAUAUAAAUAUCACUACGAAAAGAAAUGUGUGUGUCAGCAAUACAAUACAUAGAAUUCUAAUAAACCACUGAUUUAAUUUCUUUUCUGUUAAACCAAUAAUAAAAAAUUAAGUUUUUUCAUGUUUUCACAGUUAUUUAAAUUUUAUAAUGACUUAGAAUUGUUCAAUAUAAUUAUCUAUUUCUUGUGGAAGAUGGUACUUAAAAAACUUGUUAAGGAAAUAAACAUAGAAAAUGAAUCUUCAAUUAAUCAUUGAAUUUCAAUUAUAACCAACAUUGCUCUAUCUAGCGAUAAAAAAAAGAACUAUAGCUUACAACGCCAAUAGAUACAUUAACAGAAAUAUUUGUUUACAAUCUACCACAGACAUAGAGAAUGGACUAAACGGUACUAUCUGACUGUAGAGUAAAAAGAAAGCAGAAAAUUUAUAAGAGAGGCCAUUUGUUUACAAUCUACCACAAACAUAGAGAAUGAACUAAACGUUCCUAUCUAACUGUACAGUAAAUAAAA